AUGACCUGGCCCAAAGUCACAUCCAGCCUUUCCACCCACGGUAGCUGCUGCUUGAAGUCGGUCAAACACUGCUUCAGGCCGUCCUGGGAAGGAAGCACAGCUCUGCCCACCGCCGCACCGAACCGCCGCCCCACGGCCGGCCCGGCUCAAUGCCCGGGUCACGCCGUGGGCUGCUCCUCCAAGGCCGCCGGGCGACACCCCAAAUCACCACAGCAGUGCAGGGGCCCUGGAGCUCUGCCCUGCCCGGCCCGGCCCCGGCGGAGCACGCCACCGGCCGUCCCGCAGGAGCCCCGCGCGGAGAGGCGGCCCCCGGCGAGGCUCUCGGCGGAACAGGAGGCGGUGAUGGACGCCGUGCGGAGCGGGAAGAGCAUCUUCUUCACUGGCUGUGCGGGGACCGGGAAGUCGUUUCUGCUGAAGAAGGUCGUGGGUUCCCUCCCUCCGAAGAGCACCUACGCCACAGCCAGCACGGGAGUGGCGGCGUGCCACAUCGGCGGCACCACUCUCCAUGCCUUUGCAGGGAUCGGCUCUGGGAAGGCACCGCUGGAACAGUGUAUUCAGCUGGCAGAGAGGCCUGGGGUGCGCCAGCACUGGCUGGCCUGCCAGCACUUGAUUAUCGAUGAGAUCUCAAUGGUGGACGGCAAGUUCUUUGACAGGCUGGAGGCAGUGGCGAGGGCAGUCAGAAAACGAGAUGAGCCUUUUGGAGGAAUUCAGCUAAUUAUCUGUGGGGACUUCUUGCAGCUACCCCCAGUCUGCAAGGCUAAUGAAGAGACUAAGUUCUGCUUCCAGGCAAAAAGCUGGAGGAAAUGCAUCCACGUAAACAUGGAGCUGACAGAAGUGCGGCGACAGACCGACAAGACCUUUGUCUCACUCCUGAGUGCAGUCCGUUUAGGCAGGUGCACAGAGGAGGUUACCAGACAGCUGAUGCAGACUGCUGCGAACAGGUCUGAGCGUGAUGGGAUCCUGGCUACACGGCUCUGCACCCAUAAAGAUGAUGUGGAAAUAACUAAUGAGAGAUGCUUGCAACAGCUAUCAGGAGAAGUGCACACUUUUGAGGCUUUGGACAGUGACCCAAUGCUAGUGAAGUUAAUUGAUGCUCAGUGUCCUGUGGGUGGUAGAGUUGAGCUAAAGCUUGGAGCUCAGGUGAUGCUAGCUAAGAAUUUGGAUGUGUCUCAAGGGCUGGUGAAUGGGGCACGAGGAGUUGUUGUAGGAUUUGAAAGUGAACAGAAAGGGCUGCCUAAGGUGAGGUUUCUCUGUGGGGUCACACAGGUCAUCAAAAUGGAGAAAUGGGUCUUCAAAGGACCAUCAGGAGUUCAUUUGAGUCGUCAACAGUUGCCUUUAAAAUUGGCAUGGGCCAUUUCCAUUCACAAGAGUCAAGGCAUGUCUUUAGACUGUGUGGAAAUCUCCCUGUCUCGUGUCUUUGAAAGUGGGCAGGCUUAUGUAGCCCUCUCCCGAGCCCGUAGCCUUGCAGGUCUCCGUGUUCUGGAUUUUGAUCCAAAAGCAGUGAGAGCUGACCCUUCUGUGUUGCAGUUCUACAGACAGCUGAGACAUCAUCAUCAACUUCUAACCCAGGAUUCACUACAUACCCAUUCAGGUGCUGAUGAGAAGGAGAACUGGAAAUGCAGCUGA